UGUCUAGUAGUAGCGCUGCUUCGCACGGCUUCUGUCACACCUCAGAGGGGAGGACAGCUUCAACAGCGACUUUUUGCAUAAUGCAACAUUUAUAUUUCAGGCUGUGCGCAGUUCAGGACGCAGUUGUGUGAUCAUUUAUCAUUUGUCAGUUGAAGUAAACGAGGCAGUAAUAUUCGUUGUUGCGCUUGUGUUUUGAGAGCUGAAAGUGGAUUCUUCGAAGUUACCAAAUUGGAUUUUUUUCCCUUCUGAUGUCUUUGCUCACAGUAGCUACGAUGAUCUCAGUUGAUGAACGCGUUUCCAUUUGAAACGGCAGCAGCGACUAAAGAAGCCUUUGGGAUCCUCUUGAAGAUUAUUCGACUUUGGCAUCAGCAGUGCACUGUUACGGACACUAUCGGCACCUGUUUGACACCUAUCCAGUGAUGUCUAAGACACAGAGAUCUUCCUCAAGAACACACUCACAUUCAGUCUCCAGGUCCAGAUCACGCUCCGAGUCCCGCUCCCACUCCAGAUCUCGCAGCAGCUCCCGUUCCCACUCAAGGAAGCACCGCUACGGCUCUAGAUCACGCUCUCGGUCAAGAUCCCAUUCUCCAGCUCAUAACCGGGAUCGGAAGCACCCACGGGACUUUCAGAACCAUCGUGAGUUCCGGGGCUACCACAGAGGCUUGCGGAGGCCUUAUUACUUCCGGGGGCGAGGCCGGGGUUUCUUCCGUGGCCGUUUUCAGCGUGGAGGAGGAGGAGGAGGAGGGGGAGGAGGAUACAAUAACAGGUCAAACAACUGGCAAAACUUUCGGCAGCAUCCACAGCAAAAGCAGCAACAAAAGCAGCAGCAGCAGCAGCAGCAUAACCACAGCCCUAAAAGGGGGCGGUCUCGUUCACGCUCGCCCAAGAAAAGUUCAAACAGCCCUACUCAGUCCCGCAGCCAUUCCCGUCGUUCUGACAGGUCUUCUUCACCACAUUCACAUCACUCCUCUUCCUCCAACUCCUCCAGACCAAGGUCUGGUUCUGCUAAGCACAUUUGCAAAGCUGCAGGAGAGGGGGUGCCUGCACCCAAGGAAAACCUGAAAAAUGGAAAAGGAGAUGAGACAAUUGCAGAGCAAGCAGGGUGCCCCUUAGAAGCAGAGCGGGGUCCAGUUGCAGACAGAGCCCCUGAGACUUGUCUGGUCCCCGGUAACCACGACAGCAGCCCAAAGAGGGCCAGUCCACAUGUUAACUCUGCUGUUACUGUUGGCCAGAGUGAUAUGGCCACCAGCGAAUCUGGGCCUAUGCCUGUGAGUUCAGGUGCAAGCAGCAAUGGCUCCACCUGCUGGCAGACUGUGACCUCUGCACCGUCUUCCAACAGCCUGUCGAAGAAGAGUCCGACUACAGUUUUCUCGAGCUUUGGGCUUUUUUCAAAUGCUGACCAGCUAGAUGAGGAUACAGUAGCCAUCUCCUUGGCAUUUAAAAAAUUCUUAGAGGAGCAGAAGAGUAAAAAACAGGCUGCUGCAGAGAAUGGCAUACAGAAGGUGGCAACCAAUGGGGAAGCAAUGGGAGAAAAAAAGAAUACCAAGUCCGAGGGCAUCUUUGAUCAUUCCUCUAGUCUUGGGGCGACUAGGCCUGCAGAUAAUGACAAAAGGGAGAAUGAGAAAUACAAACAUGAUGACAGUGUUAAAGCUGACAUGCCGUCCAGUAGUUUCAUGAACAGGCCCCAGUUCCUGUGUGAAAACAGAGAGGAAGACGAGGAUGAGCAGAUGGAGUCCUGUGUACAGACAAGGGACAUGCAGAACACCACUACCAAGCGCAAAAGCAAAGUGGCGCUUUCUGCUCGUGAACUGUUUGAAGAACAUGUCAGCAGGUUGGAGGACAUAGCAUGGGAUGAUGAGCUUGAGGCUUUUCUGCAAAGUCGGAAGCAGGAGAGAGCUGCAAGCUUUUUGGCUGCUCUAUCUAAGAGGGAGAAGCUUGCACGUAAGUUUAGGGACUUCUCCCCUGAGAGGCCCUCAAAGGUGAAACAAAAGGAGAAAACUACAUUGAGUCCCUCUCCCACAUACGCAGCAGCUCUUUCUCGAAGGAGCUCCGAGAACCGGGAGCAAGAGAUAUUCUUGAAUAUGUGUGAUGAGUCCCCUCCCAGACCUUCUGGGAAAAGAGGGAUGGAGCUUAGUCUGAGAAUGGACUCUCUUAGCGAUGACCUGGCAAGAUCGUCUGUUUUGUCUAAUGAUUGGAGGAAUGCUAUGGAUUUUGUGCAUCCUGAUAAAAAGGAACAGGACUAUCACUCAGUCUUCCAGCACCUCCCCUGUAAUAAUUUACGCAGGAGUCCCUCAGAGCUCUUUGCUCAGCAUGUAGUUGCGAUUGUCCAUCAUAUUAAAGCUCAACAUUUCCCUUCCUCCGGAAUGACUCUAAACGAUCGAUUUGCCAUGUACCAAAGAAUAGCUGCUGAGAAAGAAAUGAUGAAGCAAAGAAAGAGUCCAGAGAUACAUAGGAGAAUUGAUGUUUCUCCCAGUGCUUUUAAGAGGCACUCUCUCCUGUUUGAUGAGUUGAAAGGCUCCGUGGAUAGCAGCUUCAAGGUUGAUGGUAAACAACUGAAGGGCGAUUCAAUGGACCUUCGAUUGGAUAUUGAGCGACGCAAGAAGUACUUAAGUGGAGAAACAAAUGACAAACAGGAAGGGGCAGGAGAAUCAGGGGAAUCUGAGUCAGGUGUGGAGAGAUCCACUGAGAAAUCCUCCAAGCACCACAAAAAAUCAAAAAAAAGCAAGAAAAAACGAGUGCGUACUCACUCUUCCUCCUCCUCUUCAUCCUCCCUUUCUCAAGAGGAAGAGGUUGAGUUCAUGGAAGAGGGCUUCAGUCAAGCUCAGCUGCAGCUCAGAGAACACACUGGGCCCAUGGAGAGGGAGCAGACACAUGGGGGAUUUCAGCAGUUCAGAGUAAAGGGUAGAGGAUGGAACAGAGUGAAUUCCUUUGGAAACAAUGCUAAUGGCAAUAGCAAUACUUACGUGCCAGUGCAGCCCAAAAUUGAGGACUGGGGCUCAGGAGAUAUGCCCAAAAGCAGGCAGUUCUACCUGCAAGACAGAAAGGAUGGCGAGGGAGAGAGGAAGUGGGCAGAGCCCCGAGGGCGUGGCCAGGCCAAUGUUCCUCGUGUAAAGGGCCGCUUUAUCCUGCGGAGGCCCACCUGUUCCAUCACCACAAAUAACUCUAGCUCUAACUGGGGCUAUGGGAAGUUCCAGGCCAGUGGUGAGGUUGGUGAACAACCAGGAAGCAAAAUUGAGCAGAACCAUAAAGAGCAGCACAGUGCAUGAGUCAUAUGCAGCAGGUGGUAGUAAGGAUUAACCACCGGCUUUGCCCCAACUCUGUUACCCUGGGUGGAUAGGACUCCCCACUCUUCCCCACGCUGGUAGACAGGACCAGGGAAUCAUCAUACACCAAAGUCACAUGCUAUUAUCAAGUGUGUAAUACUUCUGUACAUAUUCAAGUGUGUGAUACUGUCUACUUGAUAGAAAACCAGUAGAAGCCUAGCUGUUUCUUUACUAGGUACAUUUAAAUGCAUUUUGUAAAACUAUGCAAUUUUAGCACUUUUCCUCAUCAGGAUUUUAUGCACCUGUUUGUAGUAGGGUAUUAGAUGCUUUUUGCACUCAUUUACUAUGCAGUGCAAUUGGGAAUGAUUUUGUUUUUCUUUUUUAUAUGGACAGAUAUGCAAUAUACUGACAAUGGCAUUUGGGAACUUAGGAAGUCGGGUACAGUAAGUGCCUCUAGGCCUGGAUAUUCUGAGCUAAUUUUGCUCAGAUAUUGUAAUUUGAUGCUAAUUUUAAGGGAAGUCUCACUGGUGUUUUAAAAUCAAUAUGAUUCCAUGCUGAACAGAAAUCUGGCUCCAUCGGACAAAUAAAAUUAAAGUCAACAUCAGUUUGAGCAACAUUAUGCAAGUUAUCACUGACUUCAUUUGUAGUGGAUUAGUGCAUUGAACUUACUGCUGUCAUGCAUAUUCCUUUAAUAACGUCAAGAGAUUCUUACAUUUCAAUGCUCUCAGCGUCUACUAAGCAUAUCCAGGUUAUUGAGUGUCCGUGAAGUGCAUUUACAGCUAAUUCAUUUCUCACAUGUUUGCAAAUUGCUCAUUCAAUAAAUAUUUGCAGUACUUUCUCACAUCCACAUCUCAGUUACUGUGUUGAUUACAUAUUCACUUGUGGUGUCCAUUUUAAUUGUAAUUUGCUAAAAUUUGCACCUCAUUCUAAUUCAUAAUUUCUAAUAAUUGUUCUUACAUGAUGUGAAGAUGGCCGAGGUUAUGGGGAGAAUGGGAAAAAAGCAUUACAUUGAUGAAUGAUUCAGUCUUACCAUGGGACCAAACUACUGCAGGUAGAAGUUCAUGUCCCUCUGACUGACUCUGUGUUGAAGGAAGCUGACCCAACAGCUACAAUGCCUGCCUGCUAUGUACAUUUCUAAACUGGAUACAUAAAGGACUUUAUCAAGGACAAGGAUGUGUAAACACCCCAAUAAUUAAUUGCCAAAACUGGCAGGCCCAUUUUUAAUACUGCUGCCACAAAGACCUUCAAACAAAAACCAGAACAUUACAUAACCACACCCAUCAAAUAGUAGGCUGGUUGUUUGGCGUAAGAAAUUAUCUUCAAGCAUAGAAGAAGUAAUGUAGGCCUGGCAUUUCCGGACAAUAUAUGUGUAGUGCUUUGACUGUCGUGUCACUGUGUUUCUAGAUGACGAAUUUUAAAAUGUGCAAAACUAUUUUCUCUGUGCCUUUUUGAAAUGUUUUGGGAUACAGGCUUGUCAAGUGGAGACUGAACUUCUCAGUAAAACUUUAUAUUGUUUUUUAUUGAAAAGAAUAUAUUGAACAUAUUGAGAAUAAAAAUAAAAAAAACAGCAUACACCCCCAUGUAAAAAAUGAGCUGAGCCCAAAAAGCUUUUAAUGAGCCCAAAAAGCUUUUAAUGAUCUUAACAACAAAUAAUUAUAAAAAAAAAGGUAAAAUAAUAUAGGAUAACUUUUCCCUUUGAUUUCUUUACAUGUUGAAGACUUGUGGGUAAACUUGUUGACAACUUUUCGCAGAAAGAAAAUUCAAUAUUGUUCAGCAUACUAACUCAGCACUGAUGGCUUCAAACAGCUGAAAAACAGUGCCAAGCUAGUUUGUAUUUAAUAUGAGACCAAAUAUUCUCUAUAGGGUUUAAAUCUGGACUCUGACUAGACCAAAACCAUCAAUAACUAUUAUAUUUUGGGCUUGGCCCUUUUCUUUCCUUUCUGUCUUUUUUUUUCAUGGGAGUGUAAGCUACAUCUUUACCCUAAAAGGGUUUUUUUGCUUGUUAAAGUUCGGGUUUGUACUGUGUUGCUGUGCUUAUUAUGUCAGUUUACAAAUGUAUUCUUAAGAAUGUUUCACUUUGAGAAUAUAAUAAAAAAUGUUUUCACACUUA